CUGAGAUCCAGUAGCAUUUUAGCUUGUACAAUCCUUACAGUUAUUGUAUCUGUACAUCUGUCACUCUGUAUUCAGCACAGACACAUCAGUUUAACUUUUAGCUGCCCAGUUCCCCCAACGUCUCCCCUCUCUGGCAGUGGUUUGUCCCUCACUCCAGCUGAUCGGCCCAGGAUUCCCCGGUGGCUCAGUCCGUCGCUGGCUCUGACUGCUCCGAUGUCUUAAUGUCGAUUUAAACUGUUUUAAUUUUCCGGAGCCAGUGGCCGCUCGUGUCGGCAAAAUCGCCCCUCGUCUAGUGAAAGUCUGAAGGAUAAUCUGGCCGGGGGUAUUAACUCUGUACUUGUCAAAACCAGGGGGAUCUAAACGCAAAUACGAGGCCCUCACUCCAUCCCCGGAUUCACCUGCUAAGCGGAGAGCCUCAGACUGAAGACCGACAUGGGGGACACGGGGAGCGAGGGCAGCAAACCACCGAGUAACGUUAACGUUAUCCCCCCACGCUGCCCCUGUGGAUUCUGGGGGUCAAGCAAAACUAUGAAUCUUUGCUCAAAAUGUUUUGCAGACAUUCAGAAGAAACAGCCAGACAAUGAUUGUGCCCCAAAGGCCUCCUCAAGCUCCAGCAGCAGCCCAGCAGACAUCUUCUGUAAUGAAACAAGCGGCAGUAUUAGUCAGUCGCUGAUGUCGAUGCCUAAUGCAUCAGAAGACCCUUCACCAGGAGAGAUGGGAGUGACGUCUCUACCUGCUCAGGACGAAUCCAUCACAGACACAGUCUUCGGUUCACUCUCCACUCCCAUAAAACGCUCCUUUGAGUCAGCCUCGGAGUCAGAAAGCGAUGUUUCACCCGAGAAGCGAGCAAGAGUGGGGGUGGUGCCAGCGAGUGAGGAGUCUUCAUCAUUAUCGUCAUCUUUGUCGGCAUCAUCAUCAUCAUCUUCGUCUCGCAGUGGCUCAAAACAGCGGAGCCGCAAACGUUGCCAUCGCUGCCAAACCAAACUGGAGCUGGUACAGCAAGAGUUGGGUUCCUGUCGCUGUGGUUAUGUCUUCUGUAUGCUCCAUCGGCUCCCAGAGCAGCACGAGUGUCUGUUUGACCACCUGGGCCGUGGUCGUCAGGAGGCAGUCCUAAAGAUGGUCAAGCUGGACCGCAAGGUGGGCCGCUCUUGCCAGCGCAUAGGGGAGGAGUGCUCCUGAAGAAUCUCGGUGAUCAGACGGUGUCUUAGCACUAACAGGGAUUUGAUUUUUUUCUUUUCUUUUUGGUCUAACUUUGUUUUUCAAGAUUACUGCAGAUUUUUGGAUACAAACCUCCACUUUUUUCUUUUAAAUUAUGCUUGCUCUUUUGAAACCCCACUGUUACCCAUGUCCCGGUUGUUUCCAGUUUCUGUUGGCUUGAUCAUAUCCCUGCUGCUAAGAUGCCUUUUGGAAAAUCCGUACCAAGGAAUGAAAGAACAUUAAAGAGCAAAAGAAAUAUAGAGUUUCUUUACAUUUUUGCAAGCUCGUGACUACCGAAGUGUGAGUGGAGUAAGAACGAAUAAAAGGAUGAAGAGAGGAAAUGCAAAUAUUUGUCCUGGAAGCCAGUUUUAAGACUAUACUCUUUACCUCAAAAAAGAAAAAAAACAAAACAAACAAAGAAUGACGAGGAGGAGGAGAAAGGGAUGGUUACCCUCUGUGUACACUUCUGCUUUGGCGCUGUUUAUAGACUGUAUUCUUUACCUCAAAGUCAGACAGAGCUGCUUUCUACUCUACGCCAAGCAUGGACUUUGUGAAGCAAACCGAGCUAGCCAGCCUCAGUUUAAGUCAGUGUCUUACCCCCUGGCCGUCCACCACCUUUAAUCCUAAACCUUUAGAAACACAAGCACCUGUUAAUCAUCCACCUCAGGAUAUUGAAGCCCAAUCUUCACCCCUCCUCUCACCAACUUCGAUCUUUCUAUUUUCCACUGCAGGACACCUUUUACUCCUUUGUUUUAAGAUAAUUGUGAAGGCGUUUCUGCCAUUGUGGACGUUGAAACUGGGGUGAUACUGUAAAUCCAAAUUCAGAAGUUGCAGUGUGUACCGGACUCAAACACACACACACACACUGAUAGUAGGAACAGUGAGCUGGUUGUCCUCGGAUUGCACACAAAUCUGUCUUCGAUGUUGGGAUUUGAUUGAUCAAGACUUAAUUCGUUGAGGAUUUUCCCUGUCUUCCUCUUUUUGUCUCAACCGUUAUCUACUUAUUCUCCACAACCCUUCCACAUGAAGACAUUUCCUCUUCACAGCCAUAGUCUUUUUCAGCAACACGUGGAUUAUGUGUGCUGGAUGUGUAUAAACUUCAGGAAGACUACAUUUACAGGAAAUGGCAGAGAUUAAAGUGUGCUUAUGGUUUAUGACUGGACCUGGAAUGUCUGCAUCAUACACAUCCUCACAUCAGUAUACUAAUACACACACUCACACUUUUAUGUUGUUCUAUGUGCUCAGCUGUUGUUCACCUUGAGCACAAACAGGUAAAAUCAAAAGUUGCUGUACACUCUGAGCUUGGACUGAGGCAGAAAUUGGCAAAAGCAUCACUCAGAGGUCCCCGUUGGGGACUGUGAUGACUCUUCAGGUCUCUUGUAAUGUCUUAGGCCUUCAUUUCAUUUAUCCACAUUGUUUAAGGUCAUUUUUGCCACUAGUUUUGAAAACAAGAGUUCAUAUUCUUUGGUUUUCAUUCUUCUUUCCAGUACUUUAAUGUUCCUAUUUCCUUCCAGUGCCCCAUGUUUUGAUCUUCUGCUAGCAUGAUGAGCUCACAUGCAUCCUCCUCCUCCAGCCUUUGACUUCCUUUUUUCAUCUUUCCCCUUAUUGAUUGCUCUAUUUUUCCUCAUUUUACCCUCCCUGUCUCCCCUCCUCCUCCUCCUUUCCUUUUUUUGCUGUAGAUGAGGGAAGAGAGCUGGGGUGAGCAAAGUGCUGAAAGUUAAAAUCAGCAAAUAAUUCCUGUCAUAAUGUUUUCCUGGUGGACUGUGGAAGGAAUGAACAGAAAAUGCAUAAUGAAUGAGUGAAUAUUCUGUAUCUUAAAGAAAACCUUAUUUAACCCCUUUUUGUGUUUCAGAUUUAGUUACACUUUAGUGUAGAGCUGCAUAUUUUGGUUGUAAUGUGGUUAAAACAUGGGAAGAUGAACAUGGAAAGUUCUGUAUUUUUGUUUCCAUUGCUUUACCUUUUGCCUCCCCUUUCCAAUUUUUUCUUUUACUAAGAAAGAAUAAACUGGAUUAGACAAA